UGAAAUCAUUUUUUCCAUAUAUAAUAAUAUAACUUGAAAAUGUAGUUAAUUUCUAAUUAUACUUAUUGUUUUCAGUUGUGGCUGUCGACUUGGUCACAAUUUCUUCAAAAUGCCACGCGAAUUAACAGAAAUCAAGGAAUUCCUUUUGACGGCGAGGAGGAAAGACGCCAAAUCUGUUAAAAUAAAGAAGAACUCCGAGAACACAAAAUUCAAAGUACGUUGCUCCAGGUUUCUAUACACGUUAGUGAUUACAGAUAAGGAGAAAGCGGAGAAACUUAAACAAUCCUUGCCUCCAGGUUUACAAGUAAAGGAAGUAAAAUGAAGACAAAAUUUAUCAUGUAUUUUCUUUUUGUAACCUAAUAUAUGUAAGUUAAAAUUAA